AUGACUCUGUCUUCUCGCUUAUAUACUUUUGCUUCUCCGAAGCUUCCGAAGCACUGCGCUCGCCCUCAAAUUUCUCCAUCAUUUCCCCUAAAAUACCCUCCGAUUCUCACCAGAAGCCUCCCCUUCGCUUCCCACUUUCGGAGGGCAUCUCUGUCCUUUUCCACCCGCUCCACCGCCAUGGGUGACGCUGUUGACGCCGGCAUGGACGCUGUUCAGCGCCGCCUCAUGUUCGAGGACGAAUGUAUUCUGGUGGAUGAGAAUGAUCGUAUUGUUGGUCAUGAUACCAAAUACAAUUGUCAUUUGAUGGAAAAGAUUGAAUCUGAGAAUUUGCUGCACAGAGCUUUCAGUGUAUUUCUGUUUAACUCGAAAUUUGAAUUACUCCUUCAGCAAAGGUCUGCCACAAAGGUGACAUUCCCUUUGGUGUGGACAAACACCUGCUGCAGCCAUCCUCUUUACCGUGAAUCAGAGCUUAUUGAUGAGAAUGCGCUUGGAGUGCGGAAUGCUGCACAAAGAAAGCUGUUGGAUGAACUCGGCAUUCCUGCUGAAGAUGCACCUGUUGAUCAGUUCACUCCACUGGGCCGCAUGCUUUACAAGGCACCAUCAGAUGGCAAGUGGGGAGAGCAUGAACUUGAUUAUCUACUCUUCAUUGUCCGAGAUGUUAAUGUGAAUCCAAACCCUGAUGAAGUUGCUGAUGUUAAGUAUGUGUCCCGGAAUGAUCUGAAAGAGCUGUUGAGGAAAGCGGAUGCUGGUGAGGAAGGUCUGAAGCUGUCCCCUUGGUUCAGACUGGUGGUCGACAACUUCCUCUUCAAGUGGUGGGACCAUGUUGAGAAGGGGACCCUCCUUGAAGCUGCAGAUAUGAAAACCAUUCACAAGUUGACUUGAAGGAAAAGAGCAGCCACCUUCAGUGCUAUUACAUAACUUGGAAUAAAUUUGGCUGCAAGAGUUCCAAACCCCUCUUUUCAAAGGUGUGCGAAUAUCCUCCUUGUUUUCUAAUUUUGUCAUGAACGCGUAUCUGUAUGUUGUUAUGUCCAAUUUGGAGUCAUAUCUUGUGAACUGUUGAGAACUGGUAAUUCAAAUUUGGCUUGGUGGUUUCCAACCACAGGAAGAAGCCUCUUUUCCUA